AUGUCGCAUUGGAUGAGAAUCAUAAUCGUUGGUUUGUUUGCUUUGCCUGAAGAUGAAAAUGAAGGAGGACGUGAGAGGGCCGUUGGCAUUGCCGUGGAUAUAUCGCUCAUACCAACUCGAGCAAACCGAACUGUUCAUGAAAUUGAAAAUAUCAAACAGAUGAGAAGAAAUGAAGUCAAUGGAGAGACAUGGAAGAGUUGUGUGGAAGAUGAAAUGAUCAGUAGUUCAUUUGACGAUGGUUGCAAGAAGAGACGAUUCAGACGAUUGAAUCAGCAGAAUGGUUCAGAAUGGUCCUUCCUGGUUUAUAUGCCCAAUAUACUCAAUGGGUGGUCUGGGUUGGUAGAUGAUCGGUUACCAGGGUCAGGACAAUAUCAAUUUGGG